AUGCUGUUUGUGAAUAUGUCUAAGACAAUCAUCACUCUGUGCAAACCCUUUCGUCGAAUACUCGCAGUCCGCAAAGGUGCAGGAGUAUUGGUUGCUCCUGCGAAUGCUAUGACGGCUGGAAACAUGGCGUUUAAAAUCUCGAGAUCAAUAGAAGCCUUUGGCGGUACAGUCCGCGACGCUACAGGUGUAAUCCUUGUUAUGGGGGUUGAGAUGUUUGCUGUAUAG